GACAGUUGGCUCUGAACGCGUUCUUUUCUUCUCCUCACCAGGUCUUCACCGACUUUCCUGGAUCUCACCUCGUUCCACAGAGUCCAACAACGCUAAAAUGCCCCGAAAAGCAGCAGCGGCGACGACCGACGGCGAGGCCCCAGCGCCGCGACGCUCAAGCAGAAUCAAGGAGCAACCCAAGCCUGAACCCGUCGUGAAGAAGGCGCCAGCGAAACCAAAAACCAAGAAACCCGCCGCUGAAAAGGAGAAGACGAAAGAAAAAGACGAAACGUCUACUGAAAAAGAAGAAAAACCGAAAUCGGCUGCUGGGAAGAAGAGGAAAGCGCCUGAAGAGACCAACGGCGACGAGGCUGAGCCUCCCGCUAAGAAGGUAUCAGCCAAACCCGCGUCCAAGGCGGCUAAACCUGCUUCGUCUGCGAGCAAACCCGCUUCCAAGGCGAAACCCGCCUCUAAAGCUGCAGCGAAGCCUGCUUCCAAGGCUGCUGCUGCUACUAAACCUGCGUCAAAGGCUUCUGCAAAGCCUGCGUCCAAGGCGUCUGCCAAACCGGCUUCUACGGCCAAACCCGCGUCGAGAGCUGGCUCUGCUAAGCCCGCUUCACGCGCUGGUUCCAAGAAACCCGCUUCCAAGGUCGCUGGACAAGAGCCGGCCGCUGCUGCCAAGGUCGACGAGACCAUCGCAGAGGAACCCGAGGCAGAGGCUGCUGCCGCUGCCACCGAAGACGGCGACAAGGCCUAAACACUCCAACGCUGUUUGCGUCGUGUCCACACCAUCCCCCUUGCGAUCCCCCUCUCCAUCCGCUGGACUCGACGCUCCCAGAAGCCCAAUCUGAAUGUACAAUCUACGCUUUGAUUUCUCUUCCGCUAACUCUUGGUUCCCGUGUCCCGUCCUACGAUUCCCCUUCACCACCUCAUGUAGCCUAUCCUUAUCCUUUCUCACCCUUCAGACCUUCUAUCCAUCGUCCACUUGGUUGCUGUUGUGAUGUUACCCGCGCGCAACGGUCGCCAUCGUUCGUCGCUCUCUCUUCACCCGCUAUCCCUCGCUGUCGCUUGGACAUCGUUUUCCGUACACCCUGCCCUUUCUAGUCUAGGUUCCUAUCUUUAUGGUCUUGGUUUCCCAGUUCUCACUUAUCAC